CUACAAUUAUUUCUAAUUAUUACAUAAUUUACAAUAUUUAAUAACAAUUUUUAUUAAUUAAUUGAAUUAAAAUUAUUUAAAAAUCAACCAAACCGAAAGUUGACUUCGGUUUGACCAUGGUCAAACCGAAAGUUGACUUUGGUUUGACCAUGGCUCAACCGAAUGUUGACUUCGGUUUGACCAUGGCUCAACCGAAUGUGGACUUCGGUCGGUGAAGGGCGAGGCGGAACGGAACUUACCUUCUUCUCCUGCGAGCACGGACGGCAGGCGAGGACGAGGACUGACGGCGACGGCGGACAACGAGGACUGACGGCGAUGGGGGAAGGGCGAGGUGGGCCGGCGGGUCGCCGGCGUGGGGCGUGGUCUCUCUGCUGCUGGGCGACGGGGGAAGGUCGGUGACGGGAGAAGGUGGACGGGGAGUGUCGGGUUGGCGGCGGCGGUCCGCUGCUGGGGACGGGAAGUAGAGGAAGGGGAAGUGAUGCGAUGGGGACGAAGGUAGAGGAAGGGGAGUGUUUGGCUAGGGUUUGUUUUUUAAUUUUAAAAAGGGUAAUUAAGUAAUUUACGUAUUAAGUUAGGACGACGAUUAGUAAUUUUUAGGACGACCUUUAACCCUUCAGUACUUUUACGGUUUACCUCUGUUCUGCCCUUUGACUUACUUAGUCUUAUCAUUGGUUCGUCUUUUUGCAGACACAAAAAAGAAUCAGUCGAAUCCUCCGCAAACAGACCACAGGGUCACUUUGUAUGAUCAUAAUCUUCAAGCUUAACUAGUUGAAGGGUAAUGGAUUUUUUAAUAUGGGUUUGGGUAGUACUUGGAUAAGUGGAAUUGUACUUGAAUUUCGUUUCCAAUGUGAAAAUUGUAAAAUUAGACGAGGAUUAAAGAGAGACGGGUGUUUAACUUGGUUCUUCCUCGCGGUGUGUGAGGCUUACAUCCACGGAGAAUGAUUGCACUUUAUUAUUUGAUGUGGCGGAUGGCCUUACAGCUUCUUAUAUACUCUAUUCUACAUGUAUCACCUAGGGUACAGCUGCUUCUACGAUUACAAGAAGAAAAAGGAUUCAAACUCUUGCACGCCAAGGCUGAUAGUGCAUGGGCCACUGCAUGGGCUUGAGGAACAACGCUGGAGACGGCCUUCUCUGUCUUCUCUAAUGCGUCCUCUCGGCCCAAUACUCCCCCGCAAGCUGAGGCGUGGAGAUCUCGAACACUCAACUUGGAUAGAAGGAAGUGAAAACACUCCGCGCCUAGUCCCUUGGUGAACAAAUCGACAAGUUGAAGUUCAGUACGGACUUUGACGGGGAGAAUGUCAUGAGACUUGGACCCGCUCACGAACGAAAUUACAAUCUAUCUCCACAUGUUUAGUGCGCUCAUGGAAGAUCACAUUAUUCGCAAUAUGAAUAGCUGCCUGACUAUCAUAGUGUAAAGGAGUAGGACGGGUUUGCGGAACACCGAGCUCAAUGAGAAGCCACCGCAACCACAAGAUUUCACUAAUUGUGCUAGCCAUGAUACGAUAUUCAGCUUCAGCUGAUGACUGAGCAACGACCUGUUGCUUCUUGGUGCGCCAAGAAAUGGGAGCACCGCCAAGAUUGAUGAAAUACCCUAUAGUCGACUGACGAGUUUGCUCACAACCACCCCAAUCGGAGUCGCAGUAAGCUGAAGUGGGUUAAUUGCUGGGAAAAACAAGCCUUGUCCCGAUGAUGCUUUGAGGUAACGGAGAAAACGGUAGGUCGCAUCCAGAUGCUGCUGACAAGGAGAAGUGACGAAAUGGCUCCGAAUAUUGACUGCAUAGGUGAUAUCUGAUCGUGUGAUAGUUAAGUAGAGGAGGCGGCCAACCAGACGCCGGUAAAGGGAAGGAUCGAGCAAAGGAUCCCCUAUAGGGCGAGCGAGAUGAUGAUUCUGCUCUACUAGAAAGGUGUUAGGAUGAGUCCCUUGAACACUCGCAUCUUCCAGAAUAUCCAAAACGUAUUUGCGCUGACUAAGAGAGACUCUUGAUGCCGUAUGAGCCAACUCAAUACCCAGGAAGUAGCGCAAAAUGCCGAGAUCCUUGAUGGUGAAUCGCUAAUUGAGGAAUCGCUUGACUUGAUUGAUAAAAGGGAGAUCAUUGCCCGCCAGGAUAACAUCAUUGACAUAGAUCAAAGUUGUGACGAAAGUGCUUCCUUUGUGAUAGACAAAAAGAGAGGCAUCCGCCGGGGAGGAACGGAAACCAAAUUCACAGAGAGCAGCCGUGAAUUUUUUAUACCAAUUACGAGAUGCCUGACGAAGCCCAUAAAUGGAUUUAUGCAACCGACACACUCUUGUGUCUCCAGGCUGGCGAAAACCCUACAGAAGUUCCAUAUAGACCUCCUCAUCAACAUCACCGUGCAGGAAGGCAUUGUUGAUGUUCAGUUGAUGAAUAUGCCACCCACGACUGAUAGCGACCGCGAUGAGGCAAUGAACAGUGACCAAAUUGGCAACGGGGGCGAAGGUAUCCUGGAAAUCAAGACCUUCGAUUUGAGUAUAUCUCUUUGCCACAAGACGAUCUUUGUAACGCUCUAUCGUCCCAUCGGGAUAAAACUAGAUCUUGAAGACCCACUUUGACGCAAUGGCGCGUUUGCCCAAUGGAAGAUAAACCAAACUCCAAGUUCCAUUUUUCUCCAAGGCUGCAAUUUCGCGUGCCAUGGCUUCACGCCAACAAGCUUCUCAUAUUGCUUGAUAAAAGAACCGCAGCUCAUCCAGACGUGUUUGAGCUGCAAGAAAGGCAUUGUAAGUGGGUUUAAAAUUAUCAUAAUUGACAUAAGCAUCAAUUGGGUAUUGAACAAGGUGAGUAUUACUUACAUGAGACUUGUGGGAAGGAAGAUUAGUGGCGUAAAUGUCAAGGUGCUUUGGAUGCCGUCGGUCUCUAUCACUGCGGCGGAGAGCAGGUGACGCGGGUUGAGCCGGGAAAAUGACAGGGUCGUGCACAGUUGACGGACCAGGGGAUGAUCUAGUGGGCGAGGAUGGCCCGGACGAGUGCAUGGGCCCGUGCAGGCUGGAAGGAGAUGUGGGCCCGAGAGAAACUUCAUAUGGGUCGUCGGCCGUCGCCAGAGGAAGGCAAGAUCGGUUUGAUCUCUGAUGCUGAUUCUUCCUCCACUUCGGGACGAGAAGAGUUGGGCGAAUCCAAGACAUGAAGAGGUGUUGUUGUGGGAGUUUCAUCAACAGGUGGGACUAGAAGACGUGGUACCCAAUGAAGCAGGUUUGUGGUACCAUCUUGAAAAGGAAAAGUAUUCUCAUGGAAUUGAACUUCACGAGAAGUAAUGAGUCAUUGAGUGGACAAAUCAAGAAUGCGAUACCCUUUCUGACUAGUGGCGUAUCCCAAAAACAAACCAGCUUGACCGCGCUCGCCAAAUUUAUCAAGGCGUGCGUGUGUGUCUUUGUAAUAAACCAAGCAACCAAAGACACGAAGGUGUUGAUAUUUGGCUGGCUUAGCGAACAAUUGUUCAUAUGGAGUCUUCCCAGUUGCCUUAGUGGUGAGGCAAUUAAUGAGGUAGACCCCCCGUCAGAAUGCAUUCGCCCCAAAAUUUCACCGGAAGACUAGCCUGAAAUCGCAGUGCACGAGCAGUAUCUAGGAUAUGCGGUGCUUCCCGUCAACUACGCCAUUCUGCUGUAAAGUGUCGGUGCACGAAGUUUGUAGAAGAAUUCCCAUGUGAGCAUAAUAAUCUUUGAGAAUAUCAGUAGCGAAUUCAUGACCAUUAUCCGCUUGUAUCCUCUUGACUGAAUACCCAAAUUGUGUGUGAACCAUGCUGCAAAACUGCAUCAAAUACUUUCCCACGUCUGAUUUAUAACACAACAAAUAAAUCCAUACACCACGAAUAUAAUCAUCAACAACUGUCAGAAAAUAAUGAGCACCACUUAGGGACGCAACCUUGUAACCGCCCCAAAUGUCUACAUGAAUAAGUUCAAAACAAGUCAAUGUUUUAAUCAUACUAUACCGAAAGGUUCAUGUGUUUGCUUGGCGCGAGCACAAGGAUGACACGUGCCUUUAUUGAGAGUAAACUUCACUGAUAAUAAAGUACUAAGAUAAGA